CGACGACCGGCGACUCGGCAUCAGUUCGAGUUCUUUACCUCCGCCUGCACAGAUGAGGUAGAGAGAGCGCCGAACGAACUCGUAAUAUCAGCUUUUGAUAUUCCGAAAUAUAACUCUCGAGGUUAUAUACAACAACGAAUCUAGUCGGAUCUCCAGUAUAUACAGAUCACAUCACACACGCAAGAUGCUGAUCGGUGGUGCAGUUAGCUACGUCGCUGGAAAGCAGGCGGUUCGCACGGUCUAUUGGCGAACCGCGAACAACGGUCGUCUCUUGAAGACGGCGAAGACCUGCAUGUUUCAAGGACCGCCUAAGACUGCACCCUCGUCGACCGCGAGCUCCACGCAAUCGCACAAGGAUUUAAUACUCAAGACUAUUUAAAAGCUACACGUUGUCGAAGAUACGCCGCAGGGCGAAUUGUUGUAUAUACGAAUACGAAUUAUUUAAUCGUACAACUUAAUUUAAUCACACAAUUUAUAAUUUAUUUAUCAAGUGACAUGACGAUGCAAUAAAACGCAAUACUAUUUA